CAAAACUCGAAACUUUUUUAAAAAAGGAAUCAUUUUUAUUCCUCAAAUCUAAUUCCCGCCGAGAGAUCGAGUCAGAGAGAGAGAGAGAGAGUAGCGAUGGAGGAAGAGCUGAAGAGGUUGAGCAAGAGCUUAGGAGGAUUCUGCAACCAUCUUCAAAGCAGCUGCGAUGCUUUCAACCAAUCUCUCCAGCGUCGCCCUAUCCCUCUCGAUUCGGCUUCGUCGACUUUCAUCAAGAGCUUGAACCGUCGGCUCUCCACCGCUGACUCCGAGCUGAACUUCCUUGAGUCCAUGUCUUUCGGUACCGUCUCUUUCGAGGAGCUUCUGGGUCACUGUAAUCAGAUCUACAAGAAUAACCAAGAGGAGCUUCUGAAUCUCCAGGACCGUCUCACUGACUUUGGCUACGUUCCUGGAGUUGAGAUUGAUGAAGAAGAGUCUGACUCUGGAGCAACUGGCCACGAUGAUGAUGAUGAUACGGAGUCUCCUUCGUUUCAACGUUCACUCAUGAAAAGAUUUGACGAGGAGGAUCUUCUAGAUGAUUCGCCAAAUUUCAAGAGCCUUGGUCUUUCAGAUGCUUGUCUUGCAACUUUAGCUUCCGAAAGUAAGGCUGCAAGGUUUCUCUCAUCCGCUGUCAAGGAUGAAUCAGUCAAGGGCAAACCUGUUGAGACUAGUGCUCCUCCACCUGUUCCAAAGACGUCAGAGCUUUCCAAUGAAGAUGAGUAUGGGGCAGUAGAGAUGGGUACAACUUCAAGGCGAACUAUUACAUUGAUAAAAGAUGAAUAUGAGAAUCUUCCUUCUUACAUGAAGGCUCUAUCAUCAUGGGAGGAUCUGCUCAGUGCUGUGGAGAAAUUCAACUCGGUUCUCUGUACCAAGAAGGAAACAAACGGGUCCUACUACUUCCGUGCAGAUGAAAUGCCAACUCUAGGCCUUGGGCAUAAGGAGAAAGCGUACACGGUAUUACUGACACGGAUGAAGAGAUUAGUGGUUGAGACAACAGAUGGUGUUGUAUCCUAUAGAGUUGCUUAGUGUAAUCAUCACAGCAAGAGUUUGAUAUUUCAUGGGAGUUCCUUUUGUCU